AUGAGUUCCCUUCAGCAGAAGCAACCCUGCACCCCUCCCCCACAGCCUCAGCAGCAGCAGGUGAAACAGUUUUGCCAACCUCCACUGCAGGAACCAGGUGUCCCCAAAAGCAAGGAACCAUGCCACCCCAAAGUUCCUGAGCCCUGUCACCCCAAGUUUCCUGACCCAUGUCCCUCAACAGUCACUGCAGCACCAGCUCAGCAGAAGACCAAGUGGAAGUAA